GCCUUCGUAAGGUGUUUCCUUAUUACUUCACCUUCACGACGUUCACGAAGGGACGAUGGGUAGGCGAGAAGAUCCUGGAGGUCUUCGCCAGGGAAUUCCGCGCCCAUCCUGCGGAGGAGUACGAGCGGUGCAUCCGCGCCGGGACGCUCACCGUCAAUUAUCAACGCGUCGACGUCGAUUACAGGCUACGUCACAACGACCUCCUGGCUAACGUCGUUCACAGACACGAGGUGCCGGUCACCUCGGAGCCGAUCACGGUGAUCCACAUGGACGAGGACGUCGUGGUGGUCAACAAGCCUGCGUCCAUCCCUGUCCACCCCUGUGGCCGGUACCGACACAACACGGUGGUGUUCAUCCUGGCGAAGGAGUACAACCUGAAGAACCUGAGGACCAUCCACAGGCUGGACAGAUUGACGAGUGGGAUCCUGCUUUUCGGGAGGACCCCGAAGAAGGCGCGCCAGAUGGAGCACCAGAUCAGGAACAGGCAGGUGCACAAGCAAUACGUGUGUCGAGUGGAGGGGGAGUUCCCUGAGGAAGAGGUGGUCUGUUCGGAGCCAAUCGAGGUGGUGUCCUACAAGAUCGGCGUCUGCAAGGUGUCCGAGAAGGGUAAGGACUGCGUGACGAGAUUCAAGCGACUGAGCUUCAACGGCCGUUCCUCGGUGGUGCUCUGCAAGCCGCAGACAGGUCGGAUGCACCAGAUCCGUGUACACCUGCAGUACCUGGGGUACCCUGUGGUGAACGACCCGCUGUACAACCACGUGGUGUUCGGCCCAGAGAAGGGAAAGGGCGGGAACAUCGGGAAGACCGACGAGGAGCUGGUGAAGGACCUGAUCGGGAUCCACAACGCGGAGAACUGGCUGGGGAUGGACGGGGACGCGGAGAUGAGCCUCUUCAAGCCGAAGCUGGAGAUCGAGGGCGAGGGGAGCGAAGGCCCCGAGAAGGAGGUCUCCCCGGGUCCGGGCCCAGCCCCCGAGGACGAGGCCAAGGCCCUGAAGGUGACGGUGGGCACCCAGACCGGGUCCGAGAGCACCGACCCGGGGACCAGGGUCGACCCCAAAGUCACCGUCGACCCCCACUGCUACGAGUGCAAGGUGAAGUACCGAGACCCCAAGCCCUCGGACCUGGUGAUGUACCUGCACGCCUGGCGGUACUGCGGACCCGGGUGGGAGUACGAGACCCCCCUGCCCUCCUGGGCGGCCAGCGAGUGGACCGGCGACGACCGAUAGUCGCGGAAGACCCUCAAGAGAAGAAGACCCCCUUUGAUGUCCUACCCCGUGCCUUCCGAUCGUCGGCGAGCGCGCCCGGCUCGGCCUCCUCCCCGGGGCACUCGGGCCCCCCUCUAAAAAACGGCCUCCACGGCCGCUCUGUAGUAUAUUUUUAUUAACUGCGUGCGUCUUGCAACGAUGGAUCCAUCGCAUCCUCCCAUUGAUGCGCAUAGAUCCCUGGAAAGGUUCGCCGGACCGAGGGAAUCCCGGGCGACCUGCCGAAGAGCGCAGCGCGCUGAGCCCUCGACCCUCGCCUCGUCGGAGGGUCUCCGACGUGCCGUAUCCACGGCUCGGCGUUAACAUGUUAAUCUCGUAGCGCGCGGUGUGUAAACGGAAUCCGUAAGUGGAUAAACCGCGGCCGGUUUCACUUUGUAUUCGGCGCCGCUGCGGGAUUCCCCUAUUUGUACUUCCUGCGUCGAACAAUAUUGAGCCAGUCUCGCCGUAACGCUGCGCGCCUCGUUUUUUAGCCCGUCCCUCGGACCAGGGGCCCGAUAGUUUUGAUACGCUUUGUAGGGUAAUCGAGCGAGAACAUCCGGGAACACGCGGGGAUGCCGUAUAUGUAUGUCCACUUUUGUACACAGCUACUUUUAAUUCCGGGGCAAGACCCCGACGGCCUCGCGCGUCGCUUCUCCGAGGGAGCCGACGGAAUUCACCUCCUGGGGGGAUCUCCACCUUUUUUAACCGCCUAUUUUCUAGUUGGACACUUCGCGGCCUCCCUUUUUCAACUUCGGAGGGAUUACCGCGGUACGGAGCACGUGGCUCUGUCGUAGACGGCGGUUUGCGCGUCCGUGUCCGUUCCGUGUCCGUGCCGUACAUUGUUGGACGUGAGUGCUUAUCUUGCGGAUACCGUACCGCCCAGGGUACUGAAAGGAGGCAUUUAUCGUUGUCACUGUAUCAUACGAUGGGACGGAUGCUUAUCGGGCGUGUAAAUCGGUCUCGACGGUUUAAAAUAGAGGCACGGUUUGGGGACCCGUUUCAGUGGAGGCGCCGCCGAGAGAGGCCCGGGCCGGGAGACUCGCUCCUGCCGGUCGCGAUCAGAAACGCGUCUAUUUUUUAUCGCGAAUAUAUUACGAGAGACCAAGAGAUACACCGGGACACGCGGGGCUUUCUUUACAACAACCUGAGCACGAUCUUCCCGCGUCUAAAGAGGACAUCUUACAAGGAAGGUACCUGAGGUGUCCCCCUCCGAUUUUGUUCAUUUUUAAAUAUGUUAUAGAGGACUAAAA